UUCUCCUUCACCCGCAGGAGCCCAGACACCCUCCGGCUCUAGAUGCUGCUCCUGCUGCUGCUGCUGUCCCUGCUGCGGGCCGGGUCCCCGGCUCAGGAUGCCAGAUUCCAGCUGCGAGUGCAGAGGUCUAUGACGGUGCAGGAGGGCCUGUGUGUGUUCGUGCCCUGCCACUGCUCUUACCCCCAGGUCCAAUGCAAUGACGGUGACCCAGCUCAUGGCUACUGGUUCCGUGAAGGGACCGAUACAGGGCGGGGUGCUCCAGUGGCCACAAACAACCCCGACCGUAAAGUGCAGCAGGAGACCCAGGGCCGAUUCCAUCUCAUUGGGAACCCCCGGGACUACAACUGUUCCCUGGACAUCAGAGAUGCACGGAGAAGUGACUCAGGGAAAUACUUCUUUCGGGUGGAGAGAGGGCCUAUUGUGAAAUAUAGUUACACACAGAAUCUGCUCUCCGUGCGUGUGACAGGUGCUGGACAGAACACAGCAUCUGGUGUCUGUUUGGGACGCGGCACAGGACAAUCAGGGUCCCUGGCACAGGUGACUCUGGUGGCCAUUGGGGAAACAGCUGUCAAGACCCUCCUCCUCCUCCUCUGCUUCAGCAUCCUCAUAGUGAGAUUCCUCAGGAAGGAGACAGCAAGGCCUGUAGGGGACAUGGAGGAGGCAUAUGCCAUCCCCAGUUCAUCCUUCAGGUCUCCAGACGGAGAGUCAAGACACCAUUAUUGUCCAUUUCCUCUACAGUAUGAAGAGCUAUGAUUCCUCUCCAUGGCCAAGCCCAAGGUGAAAAGAGGAUAGAUUUGAAGACCUGGAAUGGUCUGUUCCCUUCUGGGCUCUCCACCCAGACCCCUACCUCUCCUUGCAUCUUGAAACUUCUCUGCACCCCUCAGGGUUAGGGAUUUUGUGACUCUGAGACUUUGCAUGUGACUUUCCAUCUCCUGAAAUGUUCUUCACUCCCCAUUCCUGCAUCUCCAAGUCCUGGUCACCUUCAGACUCAGUAGUAAAUGACACCCAGCUGUGUGUGUGCACAUGUGUGUGUGUGAGAGAGUCUCAUGUGACUUUGAUUGAAGUAAUAGUCAUUUAUUUACAGACUCCUUCAACAAGUACUAUUGACACACCACCGUGUUGUAGGUGUCAGGGUACAUCCGUGAACACAGCGAAAAAAAAUCUCUUUCAUCAAGAAGAUGUCAUUCUGGAGACAAGAAGGAUAGAAACCAAACAAAAUAAACAAGAAAUAAUAUAAA